AUGAUUUUAUAUCAUUAUUUAAAAGUAAUUAUAAUCGAAUUGCCAAAAAUUAAAAGCCUUAUAAAUUUAUUAGAAUCCUUAACUAAAAGCAAGUCUAAUAUUGCAAAGAGAUAGAAUUCGUUAAUCUAUUACAAAGUACAUAGAUAUUUUGUUGAAAUUUGGAAGGUAUAUUAAAUAAAUUACAAAAAACAUAUUGAUGGCAUUCAAUUAUAUUUCAAAUGUAUUGGAAGAGGAAGAAUACCAGCAUUAGGUAUAUUUAGGAGAUUGAUUACCAUUACUUGAGUCAAAUUU